AUGAAAUCCUUGAGCUUUUUGCUGGUGGUCCUGUGUCUUCAGUUUAAUUGGGUGAGCAGCCAGCAGAAGGUACAGCAGAUCCCAGAAGCCCUCAGUGUCCCAGAGGGAGCCAUGGCCUCUCUCAACUGCACUUUCAGUGAUGGUGUUUCCAACAUCUUCAGUUGGUAUAGACAGCAUUGUGGGAAAGGCCUCGAGUUGCUGGUGUCCAUCUUCUCCAAUGGUAACAAGGAAGAAGGCAGAUUCACAGCUCACCUCAAUAAAGCCAGCCUGCAUGUUUCCCUGCACAUCAGAGACUCCCAGGCCAGUGACUCUGCUGUCUACCUCUGUGCAGUGAGCACACGGUGCUCCCCAGGCACCUGCAGCCUGCACACAAACAUGCUGUGCUCAGAAGGAUUCAGAUUACCAGUCACAAAACAUUCCUCAAGCUCUGAUAUCAGAAUAAGGAGUCUUGUAUCCUUGUGGAUCAUGAAGAAGGACUGCCCAGAACUACGGAAAGGUCCUAAAGGAUUCAUGUCAUCUGGCAUCCUUCGCUUUUUUCUGAGCCUCAGUGCAGGCCUUGCUGAUGCAGGGCUGUUCUAUUCUUCAUGUCUUCAAAACAACCACCAUGCAGAUGACAUUGACUUCUGCUGCCAGCUUUCCCUGAAGCCUGCCCCUGUUUAUCACCGCAGUGAGAGGAACAGUGUGAAGG